CAAACUCUCCAUUGAACCGAGUUCUGAGUUCAAUCAGAAGCUCCAGACAGAAAGGGACCUACUUCUGCACACGAUUUUUCUGUUCGGACAACACCAAUGGGCCCGACCCGCCUGCCGAGGCUGGGGCAGAAGCUAAGCAGGGAGAUGUAGAAGUUGAAGGGGCUGCUGAGGCUACGAAUUCGGCUGCCAUGGUUCCCACUGUUUUUCGACCUGAAGACUGUCUAUCGGUUAUAGCGCUUCCAUUGCCACACAGACCAUUAUUUCCUGGAUUUUAUAUGCCAGUUUUUGUGAAGGACCCUAAGGUCAUAGCGGCACUAGCUGAAAGUCGAAAAAGGCAAGCACCUUAUGCUGGUGCUUUUCUUAUUAAAGAUGAGCCAGGGAUUGACCCAAGUAUAGUGUCAGAUACUAGUAGCAAUAUUUAUGAACUCAAAGGAAAGGAAUUGUUUGACCGUCUUCAUGAAGUUGGUACACUUGCUCAGAUUACAAGUAUCCAAGACGAUCAGGUUGUUCUUAUUGGCCAUAGGAGAAUUCAAAUAACAGAGAUGGUUAGUGAAGAGCCACUUACUGUGAAAAUCAACCAUCUCAAGGAGAAGCCAUACAAUAAAGAUGACGAUGUGAUUAAGGCGACAUCUUUUGAAGUUAUAUCAACCCUGAGGGAUGUCUUGAAGACAAGUUCCUUAUGGAAAGAGCAUGUUCAAACUUAUACUGCACAUAUAGGCGAUUUUAAUUAUGCGCGGUUAGCAGAUUUUGGAGCAGCAAUAUCUGGUGCUAACAAACUGCAUUGCCAACAAGUUCUUGAAGAGCUUGAUGUUCACAACCGCCUAAAGCUUACUUUGGAAUUGGUGAAAAAAGAAAUGGAGAUAAGUAGGAUCCAGGAAACAAUUGCCAAGGCUAUUGAAGAAAAAAUAAGUGGGGAGCAGCGGCGCUACUUACUGAAUGAGCAAUUGAAGGCCAUAAAGAAAGAACUGGGACUGGAGACUGAUGACAAGACAGCUUUAUCCGAGAAAUUUAGACAAAGACUAGAGCCUAAUAAGGAGAAAAUCCCAAAACAUGUUAUGCAAGUUAUUGAAGAAGAAUUGACCAAGAUGCAAUUGCUAGAAGCAAGUUCCAGUGAAUUUAGUGUGACGCGUAACUACUUAGAUUGGUUGACUGCAUUGCCCUGGGGAACAUACAGCAACGAAAACUUUGAUGUGUUGCGUGCACAUGAGAUACUUGAUGAAGACCAUUAUGGACUAAAUGAUGUUAAGGAAAGGAUAUUGGAAUUUAUCGCUGUGGGAAAUCUUAGAGGAACCUCACAAGGAAAAAUUAUUUGCCUCUCCGGCCCUCCCGGAGUGGGGAAAACCAGUAUUGGACGUUCAAUUGCACGUGCUUUGAACCGUAAAUUCUACCGGUUUUCAGUUGGAGGCCUGUCUGAUGUUGCUGAAAUUAAGGGACAUCGACGUACUUAUAUUGGGGCAAUGCCAGGGAAGAUGGUACAGUGUUUGAAAAAUGUCGGAACAGCUAACCCUUUAGUUCUGAUAGAUGAGAUUGAUAAGUUGGGUAUAGGACAUGCAGGUGAUCCAGCAAGUGCAAUGUUGGAGCUUUUGGAUCCUGAGCAGAACGCUAAUUUUCUGGAUCACUAUCUUGAUGUCCCAAUUGAUUUAUCAAAGGUUUUGUUUGUCUGCACAGCAAAUGUUGUGGAGAAGAUACCAAAUCCUCUUCUAGACAGGAUGGAGGUGAUUGCCAUUGCUGGUUACAUAACUGACGAGAAGAUGCAUAUUGCUAGGGAUUAUUUAGAGAAAACCACCCGUGAAGCGUGUGGCAUUAAGUCUGAACAGGUUGAGGUGACAGGUGCAGCUCUUCUUGCUUUAAUAGAAAACUACUGCAGAGAAGCGGGUGUCCGUAAUCUUCAGAAGCAAAUUGAGAAGAUUUAUCGCAAGAUAGCUCUUCAGCUUGUUCGCCAAACAGCACUCAUUGAGAGUCAAAAUGCUGCUACAGCUGGGACUGAUAAGCAAAAUGAAGUAAAGGAAGAAUAUGUUAGUCUAAAAGAUGAAAGUUCUGAUGAAGAAGAAACCCAAGGUGGAGCUGAGUUGGACGUUGACAGGGAUAAAAAUGCUUUAAAUACUAUAGAAGCUGAAGUAAUUGAAGCACCUGACAACCAAACUGACAACCUCACCGAUGGACUUGAAUCAGAGAAUGCCAAGGAAACGGAAAAAAUAAAUAGAUGUGAAGAAGCUAUAACAACACAGAAGAAUGCUGAGGAAACGGAAAAAUUAAACCAAAGUAAAGAAGGUGUAACAACACAGAAGGUGGUUGUGGAGUCAUCAAACCUAGCAGAUUAUGUUGGCAAGCCGGUCUUUCAUGCUGAUCGGAUCUAUGAUCAGACCCCAGUUGGAGUUGUAAUGGGCCUUGCGUGGACUGCAAUGGGUGGGUCAACACUGUAUAUAGAGACUACUCAGGUUGAGAAAGCAGAAGGGAAAGGGCUGCUCAAUCUGACGGGACAACUAGGAGAUGUGAUGAAAGAAAGUGCACAGAUUGCGCACACAGUUGCCCGAUCCAUAUUGCGUGAAAUAGAUCAUGAAAACACCUUCUUCUCCAAUAGCAAACUUCACCUUCAUGUUCCCGCAGGAGCUACCCCAAAGGACGGUCCUAGCGCCGGUUGCACCAUGAUCACUUCCUUGUUGUCUCUCGCCAUGAAUAGGCUUGUCAAAAAGGAUUUAGCCAUGACAGGGGAAGUUACUCUAAUGGGGAAGAUCCUUCCAAUUGGCGGGGUGAAGGAGAAGACAAUUGCAGCAAGGCGUAGUGAUGUGAAGACUAUCAUAUUCCCUGAAGCUAACCGAAGAGACUUUGACGAACUUGCAUCAAAUGUGAAGGAAGGCCUCGAAGUGCACUUUGUUGAGGAUUAUAGCCAAAUUUUCGAUUUGGCCUUCAAUGACAGUCAAAGGACAUAAAGUUGACAGUUCAUGUGCAGUAGUCAAUAUACUUGCCUUGAACUGCUUAUUUUGUACGCAUUCUUUUUACGAACUGGAAUAAUUUGGCCAUGAGUUUGGUCAUGUAUUCAAUUUUUGGAGUAGAGCCAGGAUGCACGUACAUAUUGUGUUUUAAGUGGAAUGGGUAAUUUUGGAGUUCUUUUAGAAUUUUCUGUGCCUCGCCUCAUACUUUACUGUUAUUCUGUGAAUUUAUAAUGAGUAUACUUGUGUAACAUUUGGGAAUUUUUCAGAAUGUCCUUUUGCCUCAUUCAUUGGUGUUAUUGAGUUAACUCAUUUGGUACAUAAUUAUUAAAUUUGCU